AUGGACCGUAUCCAAAAACAACUUUAUUACGGGUGUUUUGAUUUCCUAAACAAGUCAGUCGUGUCAUUAUCUCUCGUCGAGAAAAAUAAAAACCCGCAUAUCAUCAAUUUGUUUGUGGCACGUAUAUGUAUAAAUUUUACCUUUGAUCGUCAUACGAGCGUUAAAACGUACGCAACGUCGAUCACAUUACGAAAACAUCUAUCAACAAUCGACAUGUCCAUGUUUUCAAGUACGGUCAAUGAAAUCCUUCCAUUCAUACCACAGGAGAUUCACGCGAAGACGAUCGAAGUAUUCAAUCGUAUUCCUGGAACAUUGUUGAAAUAUUUCGAACCAAAGUCCAUAUCAAAGAAAGCCGAAUGUGAAUGGCAAGAAAUACCGAAAGAAGCACCAGAUUCAAUCACCAAAAAAUUACAUACGUCCGAAGGUGCACAGCGAAGUAUGAGCCUUCGAGCGAAAUCAUCAUCGAAAUAUGCAUCGGACAAAGAGUCAUCAUAUAAUAGUGAACUAUGGUUUAAUACUCACGGUUUUGACUAUAAUCGCGAAUGGUCUACGCUUCGUAGUCAUUUACGUGAUGCGAUCAAAAAGAUGUUUCGUGAACGGAAUAUCACAGAAGUGUCGCCAGGCAAACUGGCCAAAGAAAUUGCAACGAAAUGUCUUGAUCAAUGUCCUAGUUGGGGUAGAAAUCAUCAGAAUUCAUCAGCUAUUGUUCGUUUUAAUAAUACGUAUAUCACUGACGAGCCAUUGACCAAAAUGAACAUACACGCAUAUGUUUAUGCACAUUUAGUUUGCGAACACGAAACGUCGUUCUUAUUUCGAAGUCAAUACAAGACAAGUUUCGGUAUAACAAUUGAACUCAGCGGCAUUUCAAUUGAUCCAGUCAAAUUAUCUCAAUUCUGUCGACUGAUUACUGAAAAUAGUGCAGCUGACUCGAUCAAGGUAAUCGAAGGCGUCAUCCCAUUGACAUGGGACGAUUUAAAUACAUCAAAUGCGAGUCGAUCAACGGAUAAAAAGCUACCCUUAACAUGGGAUGAUAUUUAA